AUGGAGAAAAAAAAUCCUGGAACUGUUACUCAUUUGCAUAUGGACAAUGAAGGUGGGUUCAAAUAUUGCUUCAUGGCCUUAGGUGUUUCUAUAAUGGGGUUUAAAACAUAUAUUCGCCCAGUUAUAUGUGUAGAUGGAACCUUCUUGACUACUCGGUGUGGAGGUACUUUGUUAUGUGCCAUGGGACAAGAUGCUAACAAGCAAAUAUAUCCAAUUGCAUUUUCAGUAGUUGACUCAGAGAAUAAUGACUCAUGGUUGUAUUUUCUACUGAGGUUGAAGGAAGCGAUUGGUGAAGUGGAGAAUCUAGUAUUCGUGUCUGAUAGACAUACUAGUAUAGCAAGUGCCUUGACUAAAAUUUUUCCUGAGGCACACCAUGGUGCUUGUAUACAUCAUGUUAGCAUGAAUAUCCGUGCGAAGUUCAAAACUGACCAUUGCCAUGAAGAAUUCUUCCUUGCAGCGAAAGCUUAUAGAAAGCGAGAGUUUUUACGCCAUUUUGAGAAGAUUAAAUUCAAAGAUCUUGCAAUUGCUCAAUACUUAGAAAAUAAAGUGGGUUUUGAAAAGUGGGCUCGUUCUUUCUUUCCUGGUCAUCGAUAUAAUUUAAUGACUACAGCAUCAGCGGCUACAGGUCCUCUUGCCACAGAAGUGGAAGCUGAUUUGCGAAAGUUAGCAGACAUGUCCACUACCUCGUUCCCUUUUCCGUCUAGUCAGUAUGAAAUAACAGUAUUGGAUGGUGAUCUUGAUGGAGAUGUCGACUUGAGGAGGAAAACAUGUAGUUGUAGAAGAUUUGAUUUGACAGGUCUUCCUUCUGAACACGCUCUAGCUGGUGCUCGAGAUCGUGGCAUUAGUCCAUAUAGUUUAUGCUCCAGAUUCUACACAGUUGAAGCGUGGUUGUCAUCCUAUGGUGGAUCUGUAUAUACGCUGGGUAAUGAAGAAUCCUGGGUGAUGCCAAAUGACAUAGGAAGUAUGAUGAUAGCUCCUCCUUUAGUGAAGCAGAAGGCUGGUCGUCCAAAGAAGAAACGACGUUUAUAUAAAGGAAUUUGA